UUACUUCAGUAUCUUUCAGCAGGUCAUCUAGGUACCACAUGUCUAUCAAGAUUCAAAAUGACUGAACUGAACUGCUGUUUUCUCCUCUGCCUCUUUCUAGGUUCUGUGUGUGCAGAUAGCCUUGAGGCCUUCGUUGGACAAGAUGUAACAAUAGCAUGUAACUACGACAUUAAAUAUUAUGGGAAGCUGGCAGUUUGCUGGGGCAGAGGUCCCAUCCCAAACAGGGGUUGUGCCAAUGAGGUGAUCAGGACAGAUGGGGCAGGAGUGACCAGCAGGGCAUCCGAAAGAUACACCAUGUUUGGGAAUCUUGGGGAGGGUGAUGUGUCUCUCACUAUUAGGAAUCUACAGGAGACGGACUCUGGGACAUACGGAUGCCGCGUGGAUAUCCCAGGAUGGUUCAAUGACCACAAGCAUGAGACUCUUCUGAAUGUAGUACCAGCUCGUCCAAAUCCCCCCAAACUGGAGCCUCGGGAGGUGAAGGAGGAGGCCAUCACUGUUCGCUGGACCCCUGUGUUUGAUGGCGGUCGGCCAGUAUUAUUUUACAGGAUUGAUCUGAAAAACAAGCAAGCUCCUUGGGACACUGCCAUCAAAACAGAGCUGGAUGACCAUAGCUUGACCCAGGUCACUCUGGUGGAUCUGCGUCCAGCCAAAACCUACAACCUGCGGAUGUUUGCCAUCAACAGUGUGGGCAUCAGUGAAUCCAGCAAUGUGCUCUCCGUGACAACCAAAGAAGCUGCCCCUCAAGGUUCUCCACUAGAGGUGAAGCUUGAGGCCCUCUCCUCUAGCAGUAUCAAAGUCACAUGGAAGGCGCCAAGUCCGGAUGUACGAAAUGGCAUCAUUAGAAGCUACAGGAUCAGCUACAGAGAGUAUGAUCCAGUGGACAGACAGUACAGACAGUGGCAGUACGCAAGUGUCAUUGCUACAGGGGAGUCCCAGUCCUACAUCCUGACCAACCUCAAAUCAGCCACCAGAUAUGGGUUUUUGGUUCAGGCCAGGACCAGCGCAGGGAUAGGACCGGCCUACACGACAUCCUUAUGUGCCACACUAGAGGAAGUCCAGACUACAACAGCACCAACUGUUGGGACAAUUUCUCCGAGUAUGACCAAGUUGACUAGUGACACUUCAGCAGAUAAAACAACAACAAUAACAACAACAACAACAAUAAAAACAACAGCGACAACAAUGGAGAUUCCUAGGACCACCAGUGAAAGUGCCACAGUGUGGGCCUCAGUUUCUACAACUUUCAACUUAGACUCACCUGAACCUCCUGUAAUUCAACUAAAAAGUGUGAAAGAAGGUGUAAUUUCUCUCUUAUGGAGACCUGGGUCACAAGGUUCUAGCCCCAUUAUUGGCUUUUACUUGGAGUAUAAAACUCUCAAUGCCUCAUGGGAUUAUAGGAAGACAGUGGGUUUCAGUCCCAAUCAAACAGAGGCUACCAUCAUAGAGAUAAAACCCUCCACGUACAACAUCCGAAUGUUUGCUAGAAAUAUUGUUGGCAAAAGCAAAGCCAGCAAUGUCCUCACACUCACGGUGGAGGAAAAAGGUCGACAAAAGGAUUUGUCAGCCUCUACUUUGUCCCCAGACACACGUGCAAUUAGCGCUGAGGACAAUCGCAGUGGUCACCUUGCCGCCAUUUUGAUUCCAUUGCUGAUGGUGCUGAUAAUUGUGGCUGUAUUAGGAACAUGGCAAAUUAGACGGAUUAGACAGAAAAAAGGCACUCUGAGCAUGUGGCUUGACAGUGGUGCACUGCGUUACAGAGGAGCUGGGUCACUCCAGGAGUCUUUAUAAAACACCAAAGAGCAAGUUAGAAUGAAAUAUAUAAUUUAAAAAAAAACUAUUAACAUUUUUGUACAGUGUGUCUAACCUGAAAGUAAACUCAAAUGCUAUGCUACAGAGAGAUUAUUAUGUUUUGUGUGGAGUGUAAGUGCUACACCACCCAGUG